GCAAACUCCACACAGGGGGGGCCGGGAUCGAACUCGGGUCCUCAGAACUGCGAGGCCAACGCUGCUCACAGCUGCUCCACCGUGCCACUUUCCCAUUUGUAUGGAAAAUUGACAAAAGGUUAACCAUGCAAGAGUUAAUAAUGCGAUUCAGAUCGAUGUACGUGGAGUACAUGGAAAAUGAGGACAGCACUGCAUUGGAGUACGGCAGCCAUUUUGAUAACGUGACUCGCACUGCCCCCUUCUGGUGAGAUGGCAACACUACACCUCUUCCAUAUCCUCUUCCACACAUGGAAACAAAAGCGGUCGUUCUCGUUUAGUGUUGAUUUCCGGUUUUCUUGGACCCUUUCACGGUUCGUCCCCGCACGGGAACCUUAGGAAAGAUUUUUUUUUUUUUUUUUUUAAUCUUGUUGUGAAGUGAAGGUCGGAGCGAACUAUCAUCGGUGACAACCGCCAUUGACGCUCUUUGUCCAAAGUCACGAAAGGCUCUUUCGUACUUCUGUUCGUAAACAACCACUUUGAUUUUAAAAAAGAAAAUGGAAUUCGGCGACCUUUGCUCUUAUUUAGUUUCCCGCAUCUUGAGCAGGUCUCGUUCUUUGAUUGUUUUUGUUUCUCUUUCUUUGUUUGGGGCGGCGUUCCACUCGUAGCGCGCCAAUCACGGCGAGGCUUACUGGCGCCGCUCGGCCAACGGCGACGCGACUUGCUUCCCGGUCGCGCGGUGGCCAGACAAGAGGCGAGCGGGCCGGCGGCGAGCUAACUGCUAACAUCCGUUCAAUUCUAACUUUACUCUUUAGCGUCCUUUUCACGCCGAAGCAAACGAGCGGAGCCGCCUUGGAAAAAAUCCAAGGCACCCGGCAAGAUUGAGUCGGCGCGGCUAAAAGUCGACCUUGUUCAAGUAUUCGUCCGAACAAGCGCGCGUCGUGCUAGCGCGAGCGGCUAAGGCGCCAGUCGAUCCCGUUUGACAACGAGGCGGUCGUUCGUUCGUUCGCUGCAACGUCCGUUAUCCGCUCGCGCAUUCGCCACGCGGCUGAAACUCGAGGGGGCGACCAUGGCGGAAUUCCUCGAAGACCCGUCGGUCCUCACGAAAGACAAGCUGAAGAACGAGCUGGCGGCCAACAACGUGGCGCUGCCGAGCGGCGAGCACAAGAAAGAAGUCUACGUGCAGCUCUAUUUGAAGAACUUAACGGCGCAGAACAACAAGCGGAGCCCGCCCGCCGACGCCUUCUCCAGCGACGACGAGCUGCCCGCCCCCGUGGUGCUCUCCAACAAAAGCAGAUCGGGGAGAAAAGCCACGAAAAAGACAGACAAGCCUCGCGUAGAAGUGGAGGUGACGGAUCUCACCGACGAGGACCUCAAAAUGCAACUCGCCAAGUAUGGCGUGGACGCAGGACCCAUCGUGGCCUCCUCCCGCAAGUUGUACGAGAAGAAGCUGCAGAAGCUCCUGGAAGAGCCGACGGCCGAGGCCCCCGCCGACGUCACCGCCCUCCCCGAGGCCGACGCCGACCAGAACGGCAACACCAACUCCGACCAGUACAGCGACAAGGAAGCCGAGGAAAUCAGCAGCACGGAACCAGAACCGGUCCCCGUAGCGGAGAAACCCGUCCGCAGCAGAGGGAAAACGCCCGUCGGCGUGCGGACCGCCACCAGACGACAGACCAAGGUGGUGGACGGCGAGGAAGGGGGGGCGGCGGCGGCGGAUGGCCCCCCCGUCAAGGCCGGCGAGAGUGUGGUUGAAGACAUUCUGGCCAAUGAAAUCAGCACACCGACGGGCAUAAGCGCCACCCGCAGGCGUCCCAUCCGAGGAGCGGCGGGACGGCCGCUCAAGCCCGCCGACUACUGGCUGGACGAGUCGCGCGUGCGCCGCAGCGUCCGCACCGAGAACCGCUCCUACUCGGAAUCGUACUCCCGGGGGGUCGGCGCGGCCCCCUGCCCCUCCGCGGGGAAAGCCCCGGCCCGGGGCGCCCUCUCCCUCCCGCUCAAGCUGGCGGCGGUCCUGGCGGCGGUGUGCGGCUCGCUGUACUUGGCCUACCGCCACCUGGACGGGGCUCACCGAAGCGACCUGCGGGGCCUCCUGGACGCCGUGGCGGCCCCUCUGCGGGGCGCCGCCGCCUACUUGGGUCUCGGCGGCAAGUGAAAGGCGUCGGGUCGCCCUCGCCUCGGCUGCGCCCGCCUCCCGCCCCCUGCCGCGCUCUCCGGAACUGGGAUCAAACCGCACCGAAUGAAAACUGGCUUCAAACGGACUCCGCUAAAGGUUGCGUCCAAGCGUAAGUGCGACGACUGGCCUCAAUCUGGCUUCGGACCGACUGAACAAAACCCGCCUAGAACAAAUCCUCCCAUCCGUUCCCACCUGGUGGACGCGCAGGAUCGCGGCAGGCGGGUGCCGCCGCCACUUUCUGAUUUUUAGAUCUUUUUAGUUUUCAAACCUGUGAAUUGUCGUCUUUACUUGUAAGUAGAAUCCAGUGGAGACGGACGGGUUAUACCCUGCAUGGAUGUAGUUUUUUUUUUUUUUUUUUUUGGGGGGGGGCAUCUAUGUAGCGUUGUGAGCGACACGCCGUGGGCGUUCCCCCAAAGUGAGGUGCCUCGCAUAAAAUGUGUAGCGUUGGCUAGCCCGAUGUUUCCUGGAGGGGGGGGGGGGGGGGGCACGAGAACCACAGACUUGUAAAAAUAUUCCAAUUGCAGACGCCAAUUUGAGUGGGAAGGGGGCCGCGAUACAAAUUCAGGCACUGUCAUCAAAUAAGGGAAGUCGAGUUCCAUUCAAUUUUUCACUUCAUGGCACUUAAUCGGAAUCUUGCUUCCAAAAUGCUCCCAGGAUGACUUUUGACGGGAUAAAUGGAGCUUUACGCGCAUUAACCAAUUGGGGGGGGGAUAAAGAUAGGAGUAAACGGCGAAUGAAGGGGAUCCAUUUAACUGAUCGUAUUGGAAAGGUCAGAGCAAGGAGCCGUUUUUGGACUUACCCCGAGUUUACAUUUUGGGGGUUUUAGUGCUCUUUUGUGCUUUUUCGUUUUCUCAGUUUUUGAAUUUGAGUCCGUCUCACAACCCCCCCCCCCCCCCCCACAUAGUUGCUCCUCUCACUGGCUGCACGCGCCACCAGGACGUCACAAACCCCCCCCUCGGACCUUGUAAUCCAUCAUCACGACCCGACGACGGCAACGUCAGCCUGAGCAAAUUGACACUUUCCAAAACCGCAGCCAGGAUGAAGGAAGAUUUGAUUCAUUAGACAUUUUUGAUAUUUUUCUAAAACUUUACUUUUUUUCUAGAACCCUCGAAGGUGACGCUGAAAAAGCAAGACUCGCACGAGUGACUCGGUAUUUAUCUUAUUAAUUUGACUUUUGACGGUCUUAGAAAGCAAUUUCAUCUCCAGGCAGCUUCCCCACAACGGACACCAAGUUUAGUUACGUACGUGGGUUUGGAUUUUUAAUUGUAUUUAUGAUCAAGUAGGCAAUGUAUCAUAAAAUAAAUGUCAUCCUUAGAACACA